GUGAAGGAAGCGGUGCUGAGAUCGAUAGGGUGAAACUGAGUGUUGCGUUAAAAGCGUUGUACUUCCCUUUCUCUGUCCUGGAAACUUCAUGUUGGUUGGCUUCCGAAGUGAUACACGAGCGCUGAGCAAAAAUCCGUGGUUUCAGGAGUACAAGAAGUGCGUGGAUUUCUUCUUGCUGUGCGUUCUUCUUGCAGAUUUUAAUUUAAAAAAAUAGAACGAUUUUUUGAGCACUCCCUUACGCAGUGCAAACCCUGUGCUUAGCUUUCCGCUCAGAGGCACACAGGUCUCUUGCACAACCCUCUGCCCUGUACAGGCAGCCCGCCGCCGCGGCUGCCCUCCCGGCUGCGAGGCCAGGCAGGCGGGCAGCGUGGCGUGGGCUGGCAGCCACUGCCCAGGGAAACGCCUUUGGGGCAGCGCUCCCUCCACCUGUCCUCACUGCCCCGCUACAGCUCGUCACUGUUCAGCCUUCGCUAGCUAAUGGUAAGGGCGGGAGGGGGGUCCUAACGGAGAAGUGACUUGCUGAAAAUACGACUUGGCAAGCCCUCCGUGGCAAAUCCGGUUCGGAUGGAAACUGCUUGAGUACUGUGUGAGGCCGCAGCCGGCUAUCUUCAAGAGGGAUCCACUUCAGACAGGGCAGGGCAGUGUAACCGUCACACUCGAUGUGCAGCUGCUUUCUCGGAGGGAGUCCCUGAGAUGGCAGCAAUGGCAGAAUUCAACAACGUCCAUUCAGUGACUGAAAUGCCAGAAGGAGACGAUGCUAAACGCAGUUUCCAUCACAGAAUGUUCUUGGAACCCCAAGAGAAGAAGAGGAGCAUGAAGGCUCUGAUGGUUAAGCAAGCAAAGAAAACUUGCAGCUGCACUCCAGCCAAAGUUAAAGACUAUGUUUUCAGUUUCUUUCCUGUCUUGCAGUGGCUUCCUAAAUACAAACUAAGAGAGUACCUACUGGGAGACAUAAUGUCUGGUGUGAUUGUGGGGGUGUUACUAGUCCCACAGUCAAUUGCCUAUUCUCUCUUGGCUGGGCAAGAGCCUAUUUAUGGCCUUUAUACAUCCUUUUUCGCCAGCAUUAUUUAUUUCAUAUUUGGAACCUCCCGCCACAUCUCAGUUGGCAUCUUUGGUGUGCUUUGCCUGAUGGUGGGACAAGUGGUGGAUCGUGAAAUGCAGAGAGCUGGCUAUGACUUAGAACCAGCUGCGCUCAGUGUCCUCACAGAUACAGCAGCGUAUGUAAACACCACCAUUUCGCCUGUGAAUCAGACAUUGCAGAAGCUGCUCUGUGAUAAAAGCUGCUAUGCAAUUACAGUGGGAGCCACCAUGACCUUCAUAGCUGGCGUUUAUCAGGUGGCCAUGGGUUUCUUUCAAGUGGGCUUUGUCUCAGUGUACCUCUCCGAUUCAUUGCUGAGUGGAUUUGUCACGGGUGCCUCCUUCACCAUCCUAACCUCACAAGCCAAGUAUCUCCUGGGCCUAGACAUUCCACGGAGCAGUGGCAUUGGCUCCCUCAUAGCCACGUGGAUAAACAUUUUCAGAAACAUACACAAGACCAACAUCUGUGAUCUCAUCACCAGCUUCUUGUGCUUUCUUGUACUUAUCCCAACCAAAGAGCUUAACGAAUAUUUUAAAUCCAGGCUCAAGGCUCCAAUACCAGUUGAACUAGUCGUGAUUGUGGCAGCUACUCUGGCAUCUCACUUUGGGAAGCUGAGAGACACUUACGGCUCGAGUGUUGCUGGACACAUCCCAACUGGGUUUCUGCCACCCCGCCCUCCAGACUGGAACCUGAUUCCUAAUGUGGCCUUGGAUGCUAUCCCCAUAGCUAUUAUUGGCUUUGCCAUCACUGUCUCCCUCUCAGAAAUGUUUGCCAAGAAGCAUGGUUACUCCGUGAGGGCCAACCAGGAAAUGUAUGCCAUUGGCUUCUGCAACAUCAUUCCCUCUUUCUUCCAUUGCUUCACAACAAGCGCAGCUCUUGCCAAAACUCUUGUCAAAGAGUCCACAGGCUGUAGGACACAAAUGUCUGGCAUGGUGACUAGUUUGGUAAUCCUAUUAGUCCUCCUUGUGAUUGCACCUUUAUUUUAUUCCCUUCAGAAAUGUGUCCUUGCUGUCAUAACCAUUGUAAACCUCAGAGGAGCCCUGCGGAAGUUCAAGGACCUGCCAAAAAUGUGGCAUUUGAGCAGAGUGGACACAGUGAUCUGGCUAGUUACUAUGGCAGCCUCAGCACUCAUCAGUACUGAGAUUGGUCUUUUGGUUGGUGUUUGCUUCUCUAUGCUCUGCGUCAUUUUCCGAACUCAGAGACCGGAGGCACCGCUGCUUGGCUGGGUGGCAGAGUCUGAGACAUAUGAAUCCCUGUCUGCUUACAAGAACUUGCAAACCAAGCCAGGGAUUGUCGUGUUCCGAUUCGAAGCACCCCUCUACUACAUCAACAAAGAGUGCUUUAAAUCCACCCUGUACAAGCAAACUGGAGUCAACCCAGCCUGGGUGAAGGAAGCGAAGAAAAAGGCAGCAAAAAGAAUGCUUAGAGAGAAAGAGGUGGAUUCUAGUGGCAACCAGACCAGCAUCUCCAUGGAUUUUGUCUCUGAACCCCUGGGGUUUCACACAAUAGUGAUCGACUGUUGUGCAGUACAGUUUCUGGACACAGCAGGAAUACGCACGCUCAAAGAGGUCUGCAAGGACUACAGGGAGAUAGAUAUCCAGGUGCUACUGGCCCAGUGCAAUCCUUCGGUGAGGAGUUCCCUGAUCCGAGGAGAAUUUUUUAAAGAGGGGGAGGACCACCUUCUCUUCCACAGUGUGCACCAGGCUGUGGACUUUGCAUUGGAUGCACAGGGGCACAGUGGGACGAGCGCUUCUAAGAACUAGCAGUGGGAAGGCAGCAAAUUGGAACAAAGCCUGGGAAAAAAUGGCUGUGGGUCUGUAUGUCUAUGCAAUAUAUAUGCACUCAGACAAAAAGAGGCAGGGUUGUUAACACACUGGUUACUAUGCAGUCUGUUUUGAUGCUUUAAAUUUGCCUGCCUGGGUAUAGUGAUUCAAUAGGUGGUACUGAAUGAAGGAAAUUUCUUAACUUGAUUAUGGCCAAUCUGUGAAUCUAAGAGUUUUCAUAUGAUUGUUCAUCUCAUUUCUCUUCUCUCUUGAACUUUCUAUGUCUCAGUUCCCCUCUGAGUUUUGAUUGUCAGCAUUGAAGUCUUUAUUGCAACCCCAUCUUUAUGGAUCAGACAGAAUUUUGAAGUAGUCUAGGCAUCCUGUCCAGCCAAAUAAUGAGAGGCAACUCAUUUCUUGUCCCUUGUUCUGGCAUUUCUUUUCCAUAUCACCACAGCCUUGUAUUUUCUACAGAAUGACCGACGGGAACUGUUUGCUCUGGUCUUUACUGUGGAGUGAUUGGUCGGUGAUUUUGUAACCUCCCUGAAUUUGAGACAGAUAGAUAAAUAAAAUCUAAACAUGCAUGAAAA